UCCGUGGCCCUUCCCUACAUACAAACUCAUGUGUAAUAGAGUGGCUUUAUGUAGCUUUGCUCCUGAGCUCUACUCCCAUCAGCUCAGAGCUGAAUUGUACUCACAGCAGUGCAGCUCCAUUUGCUCAUAAAAUAGAACAUUUCUCUGCCCAAUGCCAUACCUCCCAACAUUUUGGAAGUAAAAAGAGGGACAACAUUUUUUUUUCGCAUGUAGUGUGGCGAAUAUUUUUGACCAUGACCAUUUUGCGGCCACACCCCCUAAUUACAAUGUUCAUUUUACAAAAUUUGGCAGAUCCAGAGUAAAAAUGCCACCAUUACCUGGUGCUGAGCUGGUACAUAGCCCUUUGCAACUCUACAGAUAUCUCCUUCGAUGUUGCAAGCUACUCCCUAGCAAAAGCCUUCAGCACUAUUACAGACACGCAGUGAAGCAGAGUUUCCGAGUUCAUGCAGAUGAAGAUGAUCCUGAGCGGAUACAGAAUAUUAUUAAGAGGGCCAUAGAAGAUGUUGAAUGGGUGCUAAAUAAAGUACGUUUCACAUAACUGAGAUCACUAAGUUAAAGUUUAUGAGCUGUAAAAUGGGGACCACAGGGGCUUGCCCAAGUUACGCUGCUGUAGAGCAACUUUUUAUAGUUAAUUUGACUCAACUCAAUGCAGCAUGACAUCAACUUUUUUUCAUUGCAUGGAAUCGUGUUCCUGUGCAACAUGUUGAACUGUGCUAGUAGAGCUGGAAUUUAUCAAUAAAACUCACUUAAUCCACA